AUGACCUUGGCAAAUAAGGUGUCCAACACUCCUGAUGAUCGGCCCUCUCCCUGGAACGAUCAUGAGGACGGUGCGACGUCGAGCCCAAGUUAUCUCCGGGCCACGCGAAGCUACAUGCCAAUCUAUCGGGGUUUGAUGGCGGUAGCUUCGAAGAUGGAGUACCCCGAGGUGAUGCUCCAGCAACUCGACGUGCACGGAGACCAUUCUCCGGCACUUCACCUGUGUAUUCCGCGCCAUCAUCGACGCCCUAGACUAGAAGCAGAACGAUGCCUACAUACUCUUCGAAGUCUCAAAAUCCUGGGUACAUUUCAAAAGGUGACUCUUUGCUAG